AUGGUGUCGUUCAUAAAGUUAUAUCAAGAACAGCUCUACGAUUUACUAGCAGACAGAGAGGACGACAAAAAAGAAAUAAAAAUCGUUGGAUUGACUGAGAGACCAGUCGCAAAUGCGAACAAAGCCUUCGAGGCUCUGAAUCAAGGCUCCAACGAGCGAGCGACUGGGGCUACUGCUAUGAACACCCAAAGCAGUAGGAGUCAAAAAAACGACGAUCCGAAUACCGCAACGAUUUCCAAAUUUUAUUUGGUCGAUUUGGCUGGAUUAGGACGAAAUUCUCUUGGAAGACACUCGAUAACGCUGAUGAUUGCCUGUAUCAGUCUAGUGAAUUCCAACCUGAGCGAGACACUGAGAACCUUGAGGUAUGCCGAUCGCGCAAGAAAAAUAAAGAACAAACCGAUAAUUAACAAAGAUCCUAAAGCAGCUGAAAUAAAUCGGCCGAGCGAAGCGAUUCAAGAAUUUCGCUUAGCUCACCUCGACCAUGGAACGGCCAUUGGUGGUUGUCCUCCGGAGCAUGGUUUUCUGCAGAAAAAACUUCAAGAAAUGACCGAACAGCUUAAUAUCAAUUUAAUUUGA